CGACUCCACCCAACCCAGCGAGGAACUCGCAGAUACUUGACGCAAACAUGGCGUUUGCAUCGCCCCUGUAAAGUACAACUCGGGUAUUUCAUUUGGACUUUUAAAAUCAUGGAAACAACUUUUAGUAACUUAUUGAUGCAGCUAUAAAAGAAGAAAUUAGGAAAACGCCGUCACUUAAUACACUGGAGGAAUGGCAGAGUAGUUUAUCAGCAGGUUUACAGGACGUUAGCCAGGCAGCUACGUUUUGGUAAACUUUGCCGAGGCAGGGAAUACACUGCCUGUGAAGCUAGUCUCAAAGUGUUCUGGAUACUGAAGUGGAAGUCUUGUCGAUCGCAAAGAACCGGAGAGGAGAAAGCUUUUUGCUUGUGCUGUAAGUGAUCUGGACGCGGAAGAUGGCCCAAUCGCCGAUGGCCGUGCAGGUUCCAGGGAUGCAGAACACUCGGGUGGACCCCGAGGAGCUCUUCACCAAGCUGGAGCGCAUAGGCAAGGGCUCCUUCGGCGAGGUGUUCAAGGGCAUCGACCAGCGCACGCAGAACGUGGUGGCCAUCAAGACCAUCGACCUGGAGGAGGCCGAGGACGAGAUCGAGGACAUCCAGCAGGAGAUCACCGUGCUCAGCCAGUGCGACAGCCCCUACGUCACCAAGUACUACGGCUCCUACCUGAAGGGAUCCAAACUGUGGAUCAUCAUGGAGUAUCUGGGGGGCGGUUCAGCCCUGGACCUGCUGCGUGCCGGCCCCUUUGAUGAGUUCCAGAUCGCCACCAUGCUGAAGGAGAUCCUGAAGGGACUAGACUAUCUGCAUUCUGAGAAGAAAAUCCACAGAGAUAUCAAAGCGGCCAAUGUGCUGCUGUCGGAGCAGGGGGAGGUGAAGCUGGCCGAUUUCGGCGUUGCCGGGCAGCUGACUGACACUCAGAUAAAGAGGGAGACCUUUGUGGGGACCCCCUUCUGGAUGGCCCCCGAGGUCAUCCAGCAGUCUGCGUACGACUCCAAGGCGGAUAUCUGGUCCCUCGGCAUCACCGCUAUCGAGUUAGCCAAGGGAGAGCCCCCCAACUCCGACAUGCACCCCAUGAGAGUCUUAUUCCUAAUCCCCAAGAACAACCCCCCCACCUUGAACGGUGACUUCAGCAAGAGCUUCAAGGAGUUUGUGGACUCCUGUCUGAACAAAGACCCUGCCUUCAGGCCGACGGCGAGGGAGCUUCUGAAGCACAAGUUCAUCGUGAAGAACGCCAAGAAGACGUCGUACCUGACCGAGCUGAUCGACCGGCUCAAGCGCUGGAAGGCCGAGGGGCACAGCGACGACGACUCGAGCGACGACAACUCCGACUCAGAGUCCAGUAACAAGGAGAACGACUCGUCACAGCCGGAGUGGUCCUUCACUACCGUCCGCAAGAAGAAGCCCGACGCCAAGAAGGUGACCAAUGGAACGGAUCAAGACCUCCUGAAGAAGUCGAGCAGCCUGUCCACUGUGAUCGCACCCGUGUUCAUGGAGCUGAAGCUCCAGCACCGCAGCAGCGAGCCGCACCGCAGCGCCAUAGAGGAGCUGGAGAAGAGCAUCCGCCAGGCUGAGGACCUGUGCCCCGGCAUCACCGACCGCGUGGUCAACCACAUCCUGCACACCUUCAAGAGGUUUCCAAAAAAUUAAUGGAGCAAGAGGAGCAGAUGGUGAAGACCCCCCCCCCCUCCCCCCAAACACACACAGGACUGAGCAACUUACCUGUACCUGAGUGAACGUCCUACCCAACAGGAAUGACAGCACAUUUUAGAAUUUUUGUUGAAAUAUACAUCUUGAGGUUCUUUUAUCAGCCUGUGGUUAGUUGGAGAAGCUCAUAAGAGCAUUCUGAUAAGAUUAUUAUUAUUAUUAUUAUUAUUAUUGUUUUGGAAAUUGGUUCCAGGCUGAAAAUUAUACUGUGUGUUAAAGUUGAAAACACCGAUCUUCUGCUGAGCAUAAGACACUCUGUUCAGGCAUGUAUUUUAUAUUUAAACUCUAUUCUAUUACUCUUACUUCACUGCUAUAGGAUAUAUUUAAGUGUAGAGUUGUAACAAUCGGUCAGUUUGGAGGCCAGGCUGUUCAGCCUCGUUUGGUGGGACAUUUGUCUGAAGCGGAUUACACAACCUGCUGUACAAGAAAAUAAUUAUCUAAACGGGAAAAAAUAACAUACCUCACAAGUACGCCGAAAGCAGCCUGUUUGACGGGCGUGUGAGAAUAGCGAAUAUCGAUCAAAUAGAAUUCUCUCUUUGGGACUCCGCAAGGGGGCUGGUCCACCCCCAUUGGGAGACCCCCUGCCCCCCCCCCCCGGUGUGAGACCCGACAGGCCAGCGAUCGGAUAGGUGAGUUCCGCAGACAAACUUCCCCAGUUCUCCCAGUGAAAUGGGCGCCCCUUCAGUUUGCGUUGGACGUAGCGGGGAAACGGUCUCAUUUUUAAAUGUUAUUUCUAGGUUGUUUUUCAUUUUCUUGGAGCAGAUCUCCAAGGGGGGGGGGUUCAUUCUCUGGCUGUGGUACAGUUCCUCCUUCCAGAGUCUUAAACUCUGUUUUUCUGAAGCAAACACCCGAUGUCAGUUUAAAAGCGCUAUACACCUGCGGCGAUGCAGAGAGUUUUUCUCCUUAGCACGUUUUUAUUUGUGUGGGUUUUGUUUGGUCUCAUGAAAAGUGUGAGAAAUCAAGCUGCCAAGCUCUCCGCUGACCUCUAAACCAGCUCUGAACAAGGUGCCAUUGCAGGUUUGGCAGUGACACUGUACCAAGUAGCAAGGUGGGGGAAGUAUGCCAACAGGACAUCCAACUGUGCCUAAAACUAAAGAAUUGUAUUGAACUUCUCUAUUUUAUUGUAAUGCUCAUUGUCUCGGAAAUUGCUUUAAAAAAAUAGGAGUAAUAACUGUUGCCAGAUUGUUUGGAAUUUUUGAAAGCAAUAAUGUUUGGAUAUAUUUUUAUAUUUUCUGUACAACAAGCAGACAAAAGAUUUUGUAAAUAUUCUUAAUCUGGGUUUUCUAAAGAAAAUUGUAUUUGGUUGUACUGCAGAGAGAGGUUUAUAAUGUCCUGUAGAAUCACUAGUCUUGUAAAUCUGUUUUUGAACUAAUUUUGGUUUGGGUUUUAAGAAUAAAUAUUUAAAUUGUGAGUUUA